AUGGAUGCCGAUGUCCCUCUUGCUGAUGAUCCCGUUGUCGACCCUGUUGUUCCCCUGGCUGAGAUUCCUGCUGAUGUGCCCAUUGCUGAUCCUGUUGUUCCGGUCGAGGCUCCCAUCGAGGAGGCUCCUUUUGAUCUGUUUGGUCCUUACUCUUUCGAGUCUGUAGCGUCCGCUUCACUGCAUGCCCAGGGCAUACAGCAUUAUUCUUCUGACUCCGACUCAGACAUGGCGAUGUCUGUCGCGCCCCUCGACGUUGACCUAGAUUCGGAGAUUGAGUUUUUACCUGAAGAGCCUGCUCCAGUUGGUCUGGAUCCGGUCGUUGCUCAUGACCCCAUUGAUGCCCCAGCUAUUGCACAUUUGCCAGACCCUUUACCUGAGCCUGAUCAUGUCGAUAUACCAGUCAUAGCACCACCUGUCAUUGUUGCGCCCGUCGAUUUACCACCGGUUUCUGAUGUCCCUGUUAUUGAUGCACCCAUUGUUGCACCGGUAGUACCUGUUUUGGCCCCUGUGCAUGCUGACCAUGCACCGUUUGCCGCUCACAUAGAUCCUCGUUAUGCUGACACCCGCAACGGGUGGAUCGAGGAUGAUGACGACUACCCACCGUUUGUGCUACCCGUCACUCCUCCCGUAGCACCUGUUUCCGCACCGAUUGAUGUUCCAUUUUACCACCCACACGCCUCUGACGCCCAUCGCACUGAUCUUCCUAUCACAUUCCUCCAGGACAUUCCGUCACCUCAUCCUGGGGAGGGUUCAUCGAGGCAGCCACCUGUUUUUGUUCCACCUAUAUCGUCGACUGUUCCGUUCAUGUCCCAGUUCCCUCAUACUACACCAUCUUUCGUACCCUCGGGUGAGCCAUUUCUGUGGGCUUCGCCCAAUGUUAUGCCAUUUUCAGACCCGUACCACCCUUUUCACGUGGGAUACACGACAGAGGACAUACUCAUCUCCCUUCAGCUACAGCAAGACACACUUAGUCGUCGCAUUCAGGAGUUAGAGAGGACACCUCGCCCUCCAUGUCACUGCCAGACUGCUUUUGCCGCACCACACACUCCCCGUCCGCUUUCCCCUGAUUCGGAUGUUCGUUUCCUUUCAUCUGAGUAG